UUGGGAUUCCCAAUGGAUCAUCCCGGGAGGAGCAAGACGGAUACAUAUUAUGUCAACGAGAAGACGGUUUUGAGAACGCAUACCUCUGCACACCAGGCGGAUAUGUUUCGGGAGGAGGAGAAACCAGGUUUCCUGAUCUCGGCGGACGUGUACAGACGCGACGCAAUCGACCGCUCUCACUAUCCCGUAUUCCACCAAAUGGAGGGUGCACGAGUCUGGGACCGCAAAGCCUACGCCUCAUCGGAGGAAUUGGUCGCAGCAAUCACGGAGGAUAUCAACAACAUCCCCCCCACAACUUUCUCCGUCACAGUGGAAGACCCAAAUCCCCCUCAUCACGCCGAGCGUAACCCGCUGCAACCAACCCACUCCGCACCCGAAGCCGAAGCCGUCGCCGCACACCUGAAGCGUACCCUCGAAGGUGUCGUAGCCGAAGUCUUUGGCCGUGCGCGCCAAGCCAAAAUCGAAGCGGGACUCCUUACCCCCUCAACAACAGAGGAACCCUUGAAGAUCCGGUGGAUCGAAGCUUAUUUCCCAUUUACUUCUCCCUCCUGGGAACUCGAAGUCUGGUGGGACGGACAAUGGCUCGAACUCCUCGGCUGCGGCGUCGUACAACAUCCCGUUCUAUCCUCCGCCUCACCUUCAUGUGAGUCCAAAUUGGGAUGGGCGUUCGGGUUGGGGUUGGAGAGAAUUGCGAUGGUACUUUUUGGGAUUCCGGAUAUCAGGUUGUUUUGGACGCGAGAUGCGAGGUUUUUGGAGCAGUUUGGGGAGGGUAGGGUGUGUUGGUUUAACCCGUAUUCGAAGUAUCCGCCGUGUUACAAAGACGUGGCAUUUUGGCUGCCGCAGGCGACGGAGCCCGCAGCGGGUGUUUCGGCAGCGGGUGGGUUGGGUGAGAUGCAGAAUGGCCAGGUGUUCCAUGAGAACGACUUGAUGGAGAUCGUGCGUGGGAUCGGAGGUGAUCUCGUGGAGGACGUACAGUUGAUCGACGAGUUUACGCACCCGAAGACGAAGAAGUCGAGCAAGUGUUACAGAAUCAACUACAGGAGUAUGGAUAGGAGUUUGACGAACGAGGAGGUUGAUAAUAUCCAGGAGAAGGUGAGGCAGGCGUUGGAGAAAGAGAUGAAGGUGACCCUGAGGUAGACACUUUCGUCAGGGGGAAAGCAGUUGGCGAUGUCACGAUAACUUAGAGAAAGC